UUCCACAUCUCAUGCAAAGGCUAGCACAAAGAAAAUGCAGAAUACAAGAGCUUAUAUGUGAGAUGCGCCACAUCAUUGGAAUUUUUUAACUCUAGAAAAACUGGAAAUCACAGAUUUUUCUACUGGAAUUUGCUAUCAUAGACUAGAUAUUUACAUCUACAUCUUAGACUAGAUAUUUAGGACCAUUGAAAGGCUGGAACCCUACUUUUCGGUGGAAGCGAACAAGGAGACCUUAAAUAUGGAGAAGACCAGUACUCUCCCCAUCACGUUACUGAUGCUCAGCUUUCACAUCAUCAUUAUGCACACUUCUGCCUCCGACAUCACUCUUUCGUUACCACAGACGACAAUCAAGGCUCAGAUUGGGGAAGAACUUCAUAUCACUUGUUUAGCAUCAAAAUGUAGGGAUGAGAAGCCUGGCUUCACCUGGUCUAACCUCGUGGACAGUACAUUAAGUGGUACUGUGAACACUGUGGAGAAAAAGUCAACCCUGACCAUGAAGGUUGGUGCUGAGACGGACGGAUCUUACCGGUGUACUGUGACAUGUGAUAACGCACCAGGAGAGAAGCGCUUCCAUAUCGUGGUCUACUCGUUGCCCAGUGAUCCUAUUCUACAUAUCUCCUCUCUUGUGGUUGGACAACAGUCACACAUCACCUGCAUCUUCCCCAACAUCUACCCCUAUGAGAGGCUGGGUGCUGAGAUCCUCCUGGAUGAUAAAGUUGUGGUUACGUUUGACUCUGAAAAGAUCGAUUUGAAUAUAUAUGAGAUGCAAAACAUCAGCUUGACCCAUGAUAUAACCCUGGUGGAAGAGAUGGAUAAGAAAGAGGUUAAAUGUCUGGCUCUACUGGAAUUCCCGGAUUAUGCUAUUGACCCCAUAAAAAGACAUACAGCACAGAACCUCAUUCUAAUGUAUCCUCCAGAAUUACCCCAAAUCACGGUUCUGACAUCCACAAAUGUAAAAGCUGGUGAAGAAAUUCAUCUACUAUGUUCAUCUGACAGUAAAUCCCAGGCUGUUGUCCAAUGGGUGAAGAUAAUGGAGGAUGAAGAGCUUGAAAUGCCAUCUGAUGAUCAAGGGGCUUUGAUACUUUCAAAUACAGUACCAGAAAAUAGCGGGGUCUACAUAUGUUAUGCCGAAAAUAUCGCUGGAAAAACAGCUUCACAGGUGGAGAUCAAUGUGCAAGGUCUACCGGAAAAGCCCGUGCUCUUCUUUAAUCCAGGAACAAAAGUAGAAGCUGGGCAAUCUGUUAUAAUUGAAUGCAUUGUAUACAGCAAUAUAAAGGUUACGUUGUGGAAGAUGUCAGAAGAUAGAGACAUGCUUCUUUUCUUAGACUCAAAGGGGAAAACCAUAAUAGAUGAGGCCGAUCCAAUAGACACUGCUGUAUACAAAUGCAUAGCUGAAAAUCAGUAUGGUGUAAGCGAAACUUCAGAAUCCCUCACAGUGGAAUAUCCGCCAAGGGAAACUCUUCUUUCAUCUUCACCCACUGAUGUAAAUGAAGGAGACACGAUUACUCUGACUUGUGUUUCUAAGGGAGUCCCCAAGCCGAGCAUCUCCAUUUACAAACUUCUAACAUCAGGGGAGAGUGUGCUCCUUUCGAAAGAUCCAGUGGUUACCUUAUCUGAAGUGACCAGUGGAAUUUACCAGUGCCAAGCUAAUAACAGAUUAGGGAGUGACAAAGACAAGUUGGAACUAAUUGUGCAAGCUCCCCCAAAAAACACACGUAUAAUUAUUACUCCAUCACACACGGUGAGAAAAGGAGACAGUGUACAUAUCCAAUGCAUAUCAGAAUCUUCUCCUGCCCCUAAACUGGUGCUGAGGAUGGAAACGGAGCUGGGCAUCAUUGGGUUGGAAUCUGAGCAUGGGCAGUACAGUAUUUCACAUGCUGCAGUAGAGCAUACAGGGACCUACAUAUGCGAAUCAUCCAAUGUAAUAGGACAACAAAUUGCGGAGGCCAAUCUGACUGUACAAGCUCCACCCCAAAAUACUCAAAUAUUCAUAACUCCAUCCUCUGUGGUAAGAGAAGGAGAUAACGUACAGAUCAGGUGCACUUCUGAAGCACUUCCUGCUCCUAGACUGGCCCUAAAGAUGAAAAUGGAACACGACGUGGUUGAUCUGGAGUCUGAAGGGGGAGAAUACAACAUUUCAAAUGCUGAAGUAAGGCAUACAGGAACGUAUACCUGUGAAUCUACAAACGCGGCUGGAAGUGAGAUUGUAGAGACCACUCUUAAUGUAGAAGUUCCACCUAGAAACACCUAUAUCACCAUCAUUCCAUCUCCAGUUGUGAGAGAAGGAGACUCAGUACAGAUUUGGUGCUCUUCAGACGGUUCUCCAGACCCUAGCCUUGUCCUGAAGAUGAAAACAGAAUUUGGAUUAAUUAUGCUGGAAUUAUUUGAUGGCUCUUAUAACAUUACUCAUGCAGGAAUGGAGAACACAGGAACAUACAUCUGUGAAUCCACCAACAGGGUGGGAAAUCAUGUUGCCGAGACUACUUUGACUGUACAAAUUCCACCACGAAACACCACAGUGGUUGUGACUCCAUCACAGAACAUCAAAGAAGGUGAUACAGUCACUAUCACUUGUGAGACCCACAGCAUCCCAUCUCCAACCAUCAUUCUACAGAAAGUGUGUGCCAAGAACAACUCAGUGCUUCAGACCAACAAUGGCACCUUUACACUGCACAAUGUCACCCUCAAUGACACUGGAACAUACACGCUCCAAAUAAUUAGCAGUGCUGGAAAUGAAACAGAGGUCAUCAAUAUUCAAGUGCAAGAACGACAACAGAGUCCAAGAUUCAACCCCACUUCCAUAUUUAUCUUUGGAUCAGUGGCUUUCGUGUCUCUAGGUGCUAUUGCAUCCAUCAUUUACCAUCUCAAGAAGUCAAAGCUACAAGGAUCAUACAGUCUUGUAAAUGCUUUGAGAAGCAAAGUGUGACUUUACACCAGUCGGAUCUGAUGGACAUUUCCAUGUGCUGCUGUGGGUCAGUGUAGGCACAUUUCUGUGGAUGCUGAAUGACACUUGUGGUAGCACAUGUAUUCCGAGAGUCCUUCCGGUAAAUCCAUAAUAAGCUUGUGCUGUCGAGACCUUUGCCUUGUGGUACUUGCAGAGAAGCUGGAUGGAAACCCAGUUCUUCUGCUGUAAAUGGUAAAGACUAAAGCAAAUGAAGACUGUUAUUAGGAAGAAAAAAGACAUCUCAGUUCCAAAUGUAUGGAGCCCUGUGUGUGUGUGAAGAAUCACUAUUUGCACUUGGAUUUUUGUGUUUUGUAUAGUUUGUGGUAAUGACUAUAUUAAUGUGUAGAAUCUGCUCCUAUUUAAGUGUAAUGUUGCGUCGGCAGGUAAUUUCUGACUGUUCCGUCCCCAUUCUCUUGUCUUUGUUCUAUAUGUGGUGAAGAUGUGGAACGUGUGAUGAAUUUUAAUGUGGUCUUUCUCCUUAGGCUGAGCUGAGCUCUAGCCAUCUUUUGUUGGUCAUUGAGAUGAGAAGGCUCAGUCACUGGAGGAUCCAACCUAAAGCCAAGAGACUGAGAAUUUUGUUAUAAUGGAAACAAAGAAAACAAUAGGGCAUCUCAUUGAUAUGGAGAAUGGGUGCAAUUAUCACAAAAAGUAGCCUGUGAAGCUCUGCAUUGGUACAUAAUCUCAUAUAAAAGAACAUUUGAUUCAUUCCAUAGUCUGUCCACCAUAGAUGACUGGUUUGUCACCAGUAGUCUGGUCGUUCAUUAGUUGACAUCAGUUGCAGUUAGGCGAGUGUUAAACCCAACCUUUCUUUUGGGACACUGCGUAUGACCCAUCAUUAUUGUUAAUAAGGUUUAAACUGGUUGUCCAGCCAUUUAGACUUAAAAAAAAAAAAAAGGCCCACAAUGGUCUAAAAUAAUAAAAUAUGUCAUACUCCCUUUACCUCCCACCAAUCGUAUUUGAGUUCUCAGUGCGGAAAAGUGACGGCUCAGUUAAACACUAGAGAUUGGUGGAGGACCUGGGGAGCAUGGUAUUGGAGGAUUGGUAAGUGUACUAUAAAUUCUGAUGUUACCUUGCAUAAUUCGGAGACUUUUUUUAUAUCAUUGGCUGGAAAACCUCUUUAAAAAAGCAGAGUAAGUACCGAAAAGCAAUAAUGCCAAAUACAGCAGCAGAUUUUAGUUACUGUAUGUAUGGCCUUGAGCAGCAGCAGGAGAUACAUCCUACAUCCAGACUUGCGUGACAUAUUGUUUUAAAGUGCAUAUUACUGAAAAUGUAUAUGACUAUUUUGAAUACUAUGCACUAUACUACUACUACUACUAUUCGCCUUCAGAGCAUAUAUUAAACAUAGUAUAUUCAAAAUCGGAUAGCACACUGUAGAUUUUGGAUCUGCCAUAUAUGUCUCUCCACCGCCCUGCACAACCAUAGCAGUCACUUUAAGAUGUGCUGGGACUUUAAAACAAAGAGUAAGCUCCCUGAUAGAUGGCAGUCAGCACAUCACAGUAUUUGCUGUUUCUACUUUUUUGAGUUUUUUUUUCAAGUGCCUACAUCUCAAUAUCUCCUCCAUGUUUGAAGUUGGAUCACUGGUAUGCCUAUGAGCCUCAGUGUUAUGGCAGCUUCCAUUUUGAGCCAUGUAUCAUCUUCGUCUACCAGUGAACAGUCACGUUUGCAGCUCUACUAUAGUGAAAUGGUUAAACAGAAAUGUUGCAAAAUAUUCUAUAGGAUGCUGGUCAUUACACGUCUACAAUCUGUAACUAAAUCAAAAUGACUGUGUUUUUGUAGUAAAUGUGUUUAUGAGGUCCAUAAAUUCUGAGUUUAUUCACAAAAUGAUAUUUUUGAAGGAAUAUAUUUAAAUUAAAGGUUUAUAGAGUUA